AUGGCUACCGAGCAGUGGUUCGUGGGGCCGCUCCCCGCCGGCUCUGGGGAAACGCCGCUCCUGGACGACUCGCAACCUGGGGCACAGCCUUGCGGAGACCCCUUGCGGUCGCCCCCCUCUGGCCAACCUGGGGACCCACCCGAGGCGGAGCCCGAGGACGUCGACGGGCAGCUGCCCGAGGCCUCCACCUCUUCGCCUUCCCUUGAGCCUCUGGCCCCAGGCCCCGGGCCCGCCCCUCGCCUAUCCUUGGACACCAUGUUCAGCCCCAUCACCGAACAGCUCCGCUACCUGCUCAAGAAGGCAGAUGAUUUCCAGAGCUACUUGCUCUACAGCAGGGACCGAGUGCAGAAGGAACAGCUCGCCAAAGCCAUGCCCACCUUCUUGCAGAUGUGUGAGCCCUACUUCCUGUACCUGGAGGCAGCUGCUCGGAGUGUUCCCCCCAUCUAUGGAGCUCUACAGGAGCUGAUCCGAAAGGCGCUGUUGGAGAUUUCCCAACAGCUGACCCUGCGCCUGGAACAGCUGGUCCUCAUGUAUGCCUCAUUUGGGUUUGUGGACCUGGAGGAGACUGACCCCCUAAGCAUCUCCUGUUUCUUCUGUGGGAGGUUCUCCAUCAGUCCUUCCCACGAGGUGUCCAUCUUCAGAUACUGUGCCCCUGCUGCCUACACCGCCGGCCGUUUCCCCCGAUACCUAUAUAAGAAGAUGCGCUGGAACCUGGAAACCAUCCCAGAGCCCAGCAGCCGGGAACAAGAUUCCCAUGUGGAUUACUACUUCCUGUGCUAUCGAGAUACAUGGGAAGACACAGGCAAGAGUCCAGCCAAUUCAUGCCCCCAGAUUCAGAAGCUGUGGUCCAUCGGCCGAUGGGUACCCCUAGGACCAGCUGAGGAUGACCUUUAUUCAUGGAUUUUGUGCCCGCAGCCUCCUGGGGACUACCAGCAGCUGCUGACCAUCGGCUUCGAGGAGCCGUCGCACAUGCUGGCCACCGACCUGCUGGUGCAGAUCCUCAUGGGCCAAGCAGGAACGGCUCGGCCCGCAAGCGCGGCGGGGCCAGCGGCGUGGGCAGCGCAGGGGUCUUGAACCUGGAGAGGGGGUCCUGGGA